AAGCGAGCAUCGCACAAACGGUACAUAGUUAUACUAUCUAUCCUUCCGCUUCUGUGUCCGGUCCGUCAUACAUUUAUUUACCCUUAUUAUUACAGCAGCACUUCACUUUUUUGUCUCUCAUUCAAGCCUAGGGUUUGUGCACGAUUUCUUGCUAUCGAUCACCAAGGGGUUUGAACUGAGUCACAUAUCGGCUUCUAUGCUCUGUUAAUCAGAUAGGAAACUGGGACCCGUAUCUUGUUGAUAUUUCUCUAGUUAGCUUUAUUGAGGUAACGGUUCUCUGCAAUGAGGAACUCAUGGGCGGAUUUGGUUGAUAAUGCAGCAUCCGGUAAUGCUGGAACUAGUGGUGGCAGUGGAACUUUGGCUUCCACGAGGAGAUCUGCCUAUAUUCCUCCUCAUAUUAGGAAUAGAACUGAAGCUCCAUCUCCAGUUCCCACACAGAGUGGUCCACAAUCUCGCUAUGACAGGUUCAGUGGUGGCGGAUCAGCAAGCGGGCCAAUUUGGAGUGGUCCCAGAUCUGACUAUGGGCGCCAACGGUAUGGUGGAGGAGGAGGUCGUGGUGGUGGUGGUGGUUGGGGUGGCAGAGGUGGUGGUGGUCGGGGUAGAGAGCAGGAGGUGAACCCUUUUGCUAAUGAUGAUAAUGAUGGUGGUGAUGAGGUGCCUCCAACUGAACAAGAGAAUGAUGGGAUCAACUUCGAUGCAUAUGAGGACAUUCCAGUGGAAACAAGUGGGAAUAAUGUGCCACCUCCGGUGACUACCUUUGCAGAAAUUGACUUGGGGGAUGAACUUAACAUGAAUAUCAGGAGGUGCAAAUAUGUUAAGCCAACGCCGGUCCAGCGUCAUGCAAUCCCAAUAUCUCUUGCAGGACGGGAUUUGAUGGCUUGUGCACAGACUGGAUCCGGAAAGACAGCUGCUUUCUGUUUCCCAAUUAUUAGUGGAAUCCUUAAGGGCACUUUUCCCCAGAGGCCACGUGGAGGACGUACUGUUUUUCCUCUUGCUUUAAUUCUUUCACCUACAAGAGAGCUUGCAAUGCAGAUACACGAAGAAGCAAAGAAGUUCUCUUAUCAAACUGGUGUUAGAGCGGUAGUGGCUUAUGGAGGGGCACCAAUGCAUCAGCAGCUCCGAGAACUUGAUAGAGGAGUUGAUAUUCUCGUGGCAACUCCGGGAAGACUAGUUGAUUUGCUUGAGAGAGCCAAAAUUUCUCUAGAGAUGAUAAGAUAUUUGGCCCUUGAUGAGGCAGAUCGUAUGCUCGAUAUGGGGUUUGAGCCUCAAAUCAGAAAGAUAGUGCAGGAAAUGGACAUGCCCCCACCUGGUGUAAGACAAACAAUGCUGUUCAGUGCCACAUUUCCUAGGGAGAUUCAGAGACUUGCAUCUGAUUUUCUUUCGAACUACUUAUUUUUGACUGUUGGGCGAGUUGGUUCCAGUACCGAUUUGAUUGUUCAGAGAGUUGAGCUUGUUCAAAAUAAUGACAAGAGAAGCCAUCUUAUGGAUCUUCUUCAUGCACAUAGGGCUAAUGGACUUAAUGGUCAGCAAGCUCUAACUUUGGUGUUUGUGGAAACAAAGAAAGGAGCAGAUGCAUUGGAACAUUGGUUGUGCACUAAUGGGUUUCCUGCAACUUCUAUUCAUGGUGAUAGGUCACAACAGGAAAGGGAGCUGGCAUUAAGAUCAUUUAAGAGAGGGGAUACCCCCAUAUUAGUUGCAACAGAUGUUGCAGCGCGUGGGCUUGAUAUCCCUCACGUUGCUCAUGUUAUCAAUUUUGAUCUCCCCAACGACAUAGAUGACUAUGUGCACCGGAUAGGAAGGACAGGCCGUGCUGGAAAGAGUGGAUUGGCCACGGCCUUUUUUAAUGAAGGCAAUGCCUCAUUGGCCAAACCGUUGGCUGAUCUUAUGCAAGAAGCUAAUCAGGAGGUACCCGAUUGGUUGUCCCGUUAUGCUAGUCGUUCGUAUGCUGGGGGGAGAAACAGGAGGCCCGGUGGGAGCCGUUUCGGGGCCCGCGACUUUAGAAGGGGUGGUGGAGGAGGAGGCAGAGAUUAUUAUGGUGGUGGUGGUGGUGGAGGGUAUGGCAGUUAUGGUGGAGGAUAUGGCCCUGGAGCUAACAGUGCUUGGGAUUAGCUAUUUCUUUACUGUUUUUGUCAGCAAGUAGUUAAUGAGAAAUUUUAAAUUGACAACACUUCUCAAUACAAAGAUGAUUGUGUGUCCCGGGGCCCAUUCCGGAGAUUGUUUAGCUUGGGAAAAAAAUAUUUAUUCCUCGAAUUAUUUAUUAAAAGUUAAAACCAUACUUUGGGGUAGAGUGUGAACAUUGAAAUGAGGUGUAACGUUGCUAGAGCCUUAAAAACAAUGAUAAGUUUUCGAGGUUUGUUUUGUCUUCUGUAAUGCGUGUUAUGAAGAUGAUUGGUUGUCUGUUUUUGAUCUUUUUAAUCCUAUAAUCUAAGUGGCCG